AAUGGAUUGCUUUUCCCAAUAUAAAGUAGCAUCGGUCCCAGAUAAACCAAGACAGAACACGAGAAAAGCAAGAGCAGAAAGGAGUGGGAGCAAUGGCAGUUUCAGUCCCCAUUUUAGCCACCAUCAUUUCUCUUCACCUCAUCGCCUUCGUCCUCGCCAUUGGCGCCGAACGCCGCCGUAGCGUCGCCGAGGUGGUGCCUGAUGAGUACGAUGAGCAAACCUACUGCGUUUACACCGCCGACGCAUCGACGGUAUACGGGUUGGUGGCUUUCGCUCUGCUGCUGAUCAGUCAAUUAGUGGUUAGCGGCGUCACCAGGUGUCUCUGCUUUGGCAAGGGCCUUCUCACCGGUACCUCCUCCGCCUGCUGCGCCGUCUUCUUCUUCGUUGUUUCCUGGGUAUGCUUUCUGGGAGCUGAGGCAUGCUUAUUGGCGGGGUCUGCAAAGAAUGCAUACCAUACCAAGUACCGGGGAAUAUUUAGUGCAGAUGAUUUAUCAUGUGCCACCCUCCGCAAAGGUGUCUUUGCUGCUGGAGCAGCGCUAACAUUGUUGUCACUUUUUGGGUCAAUCUUUUACUAUUGGGCACACUCCAAGGCUGAUACUGGUGGAUGGGAGAAGCAUCAAAAUGAAGGCCUUGUAUUGUCUACUUCUAGUUUUCCACAGCACCAGCAGCCUGCUGAAUUUAACAAGGCUUAGUUGUGGCUUUUGUCUCUCCAUGGUUUUGGUAACUUGUGCCCAAGGAUAUGGAUAGAUAAAACUCAUUGGUGCUGAAACUAUGGAAGUAAAUAUAUAUAUGUUAUGCAGUUGCAUAUCGAAGAUGAAUGCAUAGUAUUAAUUGAUAGUUGCUGCCUACUCUAGACUUUGGGACCUUACUUUUACCGACCAAAACUGGAUCUUCUCUACCUGUAUACGCUUAAUUCAGAAGAAUUGCACCUUUGGUCAGUUUUCUGGCAGGAUUCUUCUCCAGCUGGAUGAUUAGCAGUAGCGUAGAGUUUAAGAUGAUUUUGUUUGUUUUUAUUAGUGUCAUUGGGAUGGUGAAGGGCUUAUUCAUGUUUGUACUGGAAUUUUUGUAAUCCCACUAUUUCCCCUCUGUGGAUGUUUAAGAUUGCAAUCAUCUAUCCAUCUAUCUACAAUUGGCC